CCGUCAAGCAUAGAUAUACAAAAUUGUUUCAAACUGGAAGGCCUCCCAUUCCUUCUUUUCUACUGGCGACAGGCUCGACAAAACUGGAUCUUGCUGCCUUUUCGUGGGCGUUUACGUUGCAGUGCUUCUCGGGCGCUGCGUUGUUGUGUUAUCACAUUGUCGUUGUGUCGUGUGGACAGGCGACCGGAUCUUGAAACAGAUCUGAGCCUCCAAAAGCAGCCAUUCUUCCUGCAGUCAUCGGUUCGUUGUCUGUCUCAACGUCUUGACCAUGCUCUCCGUUUUUGCCAGACGUCCCCUACCUUCGAGACUCCUAGAACGCAUUCUUGCACUUUCCGCGGAUCUGAUUUUGCCCAUCCACUAGCAUCAACUCAAUCACAACAUCCUCUUCAAUAGUGUGAUGGUGUGAAGCCUGUCAGCUGGACUGAAAGACAACGCCUGAUUUUCCGUUAUUCCCGCCUGCCGGGGCUGGCACGACGUCGCCGCCCCGAUCGCUUGCUUUGGCUUUCUCUUGGCAAGGCAAGCCAGAGGUGCGCGCGCGAGCAUUGGCAUUUGAGAGAGCGAGACGUGUGGCGAUGGCGUCUCUCGCGUCGGCCAAUCAACGCUGUGCGUGUGUAA